UCCAGGCUGUUAGUGUCUUGGGCAUCAGAUUCUACCUCAUCCCAAAUGGAUUCUUCCACUAACAUCCCAAGCACUCCACCUUGCAAAACAACAAACUGACCAUCUCCCUGCACUGCAGGUACAAUACAAGUAAUGAUACAUCUGCAACCUACAAACAGACAUGGGAGGCGCAGCUUCGAGGCUCGCCACGCCGAUCAAGCAACGACGAGUGGAGAAGGACCUGGACAACAAGGUGGUGGAGGCCCUGAGGGAGAGGGCCAGGGCGAGGAAGAAGACAUUCAAGUCGGUGAACAGCAUCACCAUGCGCCUGCCCCGUUUCAAGGACGGCCUCAGGGACAUCAGGGACGUCUUCGAUCACUACGAUGUGGACUCGAACGGGACGAUCGACAACGAGGAGCUGAGGAGCUGCAUGAGCAAGCUCCAGGUGCAGAUGUCGGAGAAGGAGGUUGACGAUGUUCAUAGAUACUGCGAUGUCAACAGCAGGAAAGGGAUCCAGUUCCAGGAGUUUGUCGUCCUCCUCUGCCUCAUGUACCUGCUCUUCGGCCCAGGUGUCACACGCCAGGUUUCGGAGUUUGAGUCGGCGAAGCUCAACUACGUCUUCGACGAGCUCAUCGACGCCUUCUUGUUCUUCAACAAGGAUGGGGAUGGCAAGAUGAGGAGGAAAGAUGUCACACAGAGGAUGAACGAGGCUUCUCACCAGGAGAGGACCCCUAGCCACAUAACUACGCAGCUAUUCAAGGAGAUGGACCUGAACAAGAAUGGCAGCGUGAACCUGAAGGAGUUCCUCUUCUCCAUGAUCAGAUGGGCAGGGAUAGAAACCGAGGAUGAGGGCAGCAAUGAGACUUCUCCUUAAAUGCUUUUGUUUUCAUUCAUAUCAACAGUUUGUCGAAAUGUAACAAACCGCCAGUUGCAAGUUAACACAGGUUUUGUGAUAAGGUCCAUUUGUAAUUUUAUUCAGCGGCAAGCUCACAAAGGUUCAGUAAACAGGUUUACUUGUAAUUAUGCUCAAAUGAUCAGGGCUGGAUGCAACAGAGAAUAAACUACUGUCUAAGAAAUUGCACCUCAAA